ACUCUUUGUACAAACACUCGUCGAUUAAUUGAAACUGAGGUGAGAGAUAACCUCAACUCAGGUUCAAUUUCCACUUGUUGAGAGAGCAUCAUCUACGAAAGAGAGAGAUGGCCAUUAGUCAUGAUUCUUUGGCUUUUACUUUCGGCCUUCUAGGCAAUGUCAUCUCUUUCAUGGUGUUCCUAUCUCCAAUACCAACUUUUUGCCAAAUCUACCGGAGGAAAACUGCGGAAGGGUUUCAAUCACUUCCUUAUGUGGUUGCACUCUUCAGUUCAAUGUUGUGGAUUUAUUACGCACUCGUCAAAGACAAUGCUACCUUUUUUAUCAUCACCAUUAACUCCUUUGGAUGUGUGAUAGAGUCAGUUUACCUUGCCAUUUUCCUAUUUUACGCCCCAAGAAACACCAGGUUUUCUACCAUCAAGCUUCUUCUCAUGCUAAAUGUGUUUGGGUUCGGAUCCAUGCUUCUCUCAACACUCUACCUUACAUCAGGAUCCAAACGCCUUUCUAUUAUAGGAUGGAUUUGCCUGGCUUUCAACAUAAGUGUCUUUGCUGCUCCUCUUUGCAUUAUGAAACGCGUGAUAAUGACUAGAAGUGUGGAAUUCAUGCCAUUUAGCCUGUCCUUCUUUUUGACCUUAAACGCGGUCAUGUGGUUCUUCUAUGGUCUUCUCCACAAAGACUUUUACAUUGCGCUCCCGAACACGCUUGGGUUUGUAUUUGGCAUAAUUCAGAUGGUGAUGUAUUUGAUUUAUAGAAACGCCACCCCACCAGUGGAACUAAAAGAAGACCCUGUGAUGAAGGUUCAAGAACUUAAUGGCCAUGUUAUUGAUGUUAUUGACAUUGUGAAGCUGAGUAACAUGGUGCCCUCCGACCCGACCCAUAUUGUAGUCCAAAGUGAUCCAAAUGGAAAACAAGAAACCAAAGGGUAAAAUGGUAAAUAGAAGAACAAAAAGUGGGAUAAUGAAAGCAAGGGAUCAAAAAGAAAAAUCUAAGAGUUUAUUCACUUUGCUAAGUGGGGCCAAAUCUCAACCUCAUUCAUAUCAUGGGAGUAUGUUGCAUGAGAAGUUUCUUAAUUAAUUCGGCCUCAUCCAUCACUAUCACUUUGUAGUAAUAAUGUACUAUGUAAUAAUAUUAAUAUCUUUCUUCAUUCUCUUCUCUCAGUGUUUAACUAAUUAAGUCAAACUCGUCAAUUCUCUUUUUGUUGUAUUCGUAAUCUAUGAUCAAGUGAUGGGAAUUAAUUAUUUUACUUGGUU